AUGAAUAACAAAGUCAGUUUGCCCUAUGAAAUGUGUGAAAUAAGGAAAGUUCCCUUUGAGCUCCCCAAGGAAUUUCACCCGAAUGUGAAAUAUGGCUUCCUGAGGAAUUUCUUUUUCGGGAAAUAUACCUUCUACUACUUCAAAAGCAUUUUUAAAGUAUCCGCAAAGGUGUCUGCAGGUUUUCUGCUUUUUUACUACCCCCUAGAUAAAGUCCAUUGCAACAUCCGCAGAUUUAAAAAUAAUUUAAAAAAACAGAAUUAA